UAUAUUUUAUUAUUGAUUUCACUGAAUGUUCAAGUUGAAAUUUGAAAGAAUAAAAACAUAAAGUGCCAUUACCCACGAUAUUUUCUCGGUUUACGGCAUUUUUAGUGUAUCUAUUGAAUAUUCUCAAUAGUCUCAAUAGAGGAUAGUCAUCCAACUAUCCAUGUAUCUAAGGAAGUGAGGAACCAGAUCUCAAUAUGGGCCGAUAUGCGAGUGUUAUAACAUAUUUGUACAAAUAUUUCAUAUCGAUUAAUUUAAUUUGACAAAAUAAAAACAUGGAAACUACAAGUAACACAACAAAUACUUUACAGUCUGAACUAUUUCUAGAAUUGAACGAGGAACAUAAAUCUGGUGAUACUCAUAACAUAAGAAGUGUUAGGAGCACGUUUAAAUUUAAAUGCCAACCAAAUAAGCCUUGUCCAAAAGAAUUAUCCAUAGAUGAAGAUGGUGACAUAGUAGUUCAAAGAAGUCCACUCGCCAAAGGCAUUAUAAUAGAACAUAUAAAUCGAACUUCAUUAAAUAUGGUUGGUAUGCAAGUGUGGCGGAGUGCGUUAUUAAUGGGCGACUUUAUUUUGGAAAACAGAGAUAUUUUCACCAAUGAUCAAAUUGUAUUGGAACUCGGAUCUGGAGUAGGAUUGACUGGUAUUGUAGCUGCCAUGUAUUGCAAAGAAAUCAUUUUUACGGAUAUCAACAACAAAGACAUAUUGUCAAUGAUUGAAAAAAACAUAAACUUAAAUCAAGAUUUAAUCGUCAGUCGAACCACCGUUUUGCCCUUGAAUUUCAAUGAACCUGAAUUAUUGAGUGAUGUACUAUGUGAGAAGUUAAAAAAUAUACAUAUUAUAAUAGCUGCAGAUGUGAUUUACGAUAACUACAUUACUGAACAAUUUGUCAAUACCCUAAAAAAAUUAAUGACAAUAUCCCCUAGAAAAACCGCUUAUAUAGGAAUGGAAAAAAGGUAUGUAUUUAGUUCAGUUGAUUUGGAAGUUUGCGCUCCAUGUUAUGAAUACUUCAGCGAUUUGUUAUCACAAAAUAACAAUUGGUGUCAAGUGCAACAAUUAGAUUGCAAUUUUUCACAAUACUUCCAAUAUAACAAAGCCAAAGAACUAGUUAUAUUCAAAUUGACCGCCAAUCAUUCCACGUAAAGAUAAAAUGUACCUACGUUGACAUAUUGACUACCUACCAAUUGCUUAUUUAGGUAUUUGGGUAAGGUUAUUAUUGUAAUUGAAAUAAUAUUAAAUUAAAUAAGCAUUAAUCAAGUGUUUUACUGUGA